CACAGAGGGAGUGUGUUCAGCAGAGAGGGAGAGCAGCCGAGAGACACACUGAGACACACAGGGACACACUGAGACACAAAGGGACACACUGAAGGAAGGAAAAGAGACAGACAGCUCAGAGUGGACUGGCUUGUUUCAGCUGUGAAGACAGGACAGACAGGACAGACAGAAGGACAGACAGAAGGACAGAAGGACAGACAGGUAACUCAGGUGUCUCCUCUGCCUCUCCCCUGAUGAUGGAUGACUACACUCUUCCCUUCUGGAUUUACCUGGGCGUUCUGACCGUGGUGGUCGGCGGGGUCAUGAAGAAGAUCUUGGCGUCCCACCUGAGCGCCGCCCCCCCUCUGGUAGCGUGGCUGGGGGCCACUGUGCUGGUGGAGCGCCUGUGGGCACUGUGCCUGCCGGCGGUGUUGCUGCUGGCAGUGCUCGGCCUCGCCUGCUACCUGUACUCCAGCACCAGGACCGGCCCGCCGCCCGCCAUCCUGCCCACCCACGGCAAGGCCGUCCUCAUCACAGGAUGUGACUCUGGUUUUGGGAAUGCGUCAGCGAAGCGUCUGGACGCUCUGGGCUUUGAGGUGUUCGCCACAGUGCUGGACCUGUCGGGAGACGGAGCCAGAGAGCUGCAGAGAACCUGCUCCGCCCGCCUCACCCUCCUCCAGGUGGACAUCACCCAACCACAGCAGAUCCAACAGGCGCUGCUCGACACCAAGGCCAAGCUGGGACACAAAGGUCUGUGGGGUUUGGUGAACAACGCCGGCGUGUGUGUGAACUUCGGAGAUGCUGAGCUGUCGCUGAUGUCAAACUUCCGCGGCUGCAUGGAGGUCAACUUCUUCGGCACGCUGAGCGUCACUAAGAGCUUCCUGCCGCUGCUAAGACAGGCCAAAGGACGCAUCGUGUCCAUCUCCAGCCCUGCUGGUGACCAGCCCUUCCCCUGCCUGGCGGCGUACGGAGCGUCUAAAGCAGCUCUCAAUCUUUUCAUCAACACUCUGAGACACGAGCUGCAGCCGUGGGGCGUCCACGUCUCCACCAUCCUGCCCUCCGCCUUCAAGACAGGUCAGUCCACUAACCACGCCUACUGGGAGCAGCAGCACAAGCAGCUGCUGCAGAAUCUGUCACCGGCGCUGCUCGAGGAGUACGGCGAGGACUACCUGAACGAGACCAAGGAGCUGUUCCAGAGCCACGCCAGCCAGGCCAACCCCGACCUCAGCCCCGUCACAGACGCCAUCGUCCAGGCGCUGCUGUCCCCGCAGCCACAGGUGCGCUACUUUGCGGGGCCCGGCGUCGGCCUCAUGUACUUCAUCCACAGCUUCUGCCCCUUCAGCAUCAGCAACCGCUUCCUCCAGAAACUGUUUGUGAAAAAGACUUUGAUGCCGCGCGCUUUGAGGAAGCAGUCAGGCUUCGACCUGAACCUGAGUCUCCACAACAACAACAACAACAACAAUGAGGAGAAAGUAGCGGCGAGACAGUAGGUGACAAAACCACCUGCAGAUAGAGGACCAUUUCUGUAACGCACUCAUAGAGCUGUUUCCUGUGCUUUUCUAUGUGUUGUUUUUAACUGUUGAAAGGAUCAUAGAGACACACCAAAUGGUUUCUGUUUGUUUCUGUGUUAUCUGGCCCUGCGGCGCCCCCCUGUGGACAUUCAGGGGGAGGGGUCUGGUAGAGGUAGCAGUGUAGCCACAGGUCGAUAAGAGAACACUUCACCUCCGUCAGCGAGAUCAGCCGCUCUGACCUCACACUGACUUCAUGUGCCUUCAUCACACAGAGGACAGAGCCACAGCAGAGAUCAGCAGCUGGUUCUGACAGGCGACCAUGUAGAUGCUCUGAUGAUGUCAUCGCGUCCUCACAUCUCAACAAAGACAAGCUAUGGCAAAGAGAACAACAUUUAUUCUGGAGGUCUUAAUUUGAUUUUAGAUUAGAUCUGUCACGACCACAAAAGGGAGCAGAGGAAGAAGAAACACAUGAUGUCAAGAUGUAAACGUUUAGUAUUAGCUGUUAGCAUAACGCUAAAUACAAGGUGAGGACGUUUUUCUUGAAGGAAACAGAACACGUUUGAGAUCAACGACUAUAAAUCAAUAAAUACGUGACAUUAGAUUAAUUAGUCACUCAAACAGUCACGCUUAAAUUGAGAUACAAUCAGAUUAAAUCAGGAUAAAGUCAGGAUUAAGAGAGGAUAGAAUUUGGAUUAAAUGAAGUUUAAAUUGGGAUUUAAUCUGAAUAAAGUCAAGACUAAAUCUGGAUUUAAUAAAGACAAAUUUGGGAUUUAAUCCAGAUAUGCUCAGAUUAAAUCUGAAUUAAAGCAGGAUUAAGUCAGUAUUAAAUCAAGAUAAAGUCAGGAUAAAGUCAAGAGGAAGUCAGGAUUAAAUCAGGAUAAAAUCAGGAUUUAAUCAGGAUAAAGUCAGGAUUAAAUCAGGAUAAAGUCAGGAUUUAAUCAGGAUAAAGUCAGGAUUAAAUCAAGGUAAAAUUAGGAGUAAAUCAGGGUAAAGUCAAAAGAAAGUCAGGAUAAAAUCAGGAUAAAGUCAGGAUUAAAUCAAGGUAAAAUCAGGACUAAAUCAGGGUAAAGUCAUGAGAAAGUCAGGAUUAAAUCAGGAUAAAGUCAGGAUUUAAUCAGGAUAAAGUCAGGAUAAAAUCAGGAUAAAGUCAGGAUUAAAUCAAGGUAAAAUCAGGACUAAAUCAGGGUAAAGUCAUGAGAAAGUCAGGAUUAAAUCAGGAUAAAGUCAGGAUUUAAUCAGGAUAAAGUCAGGAUAAAAUCAGGCUAAAGUCAGGAUUAAAUCAAGGUAAAAUCAGGACUAAAUCAGGGUAAAGUCAUGAGAAAGUCAGGAUUAAAUCAGGAUAAAGUCAGGAUUUAAUCAGGAUAAAGUCAGGAUAAAGUCAGGAUUAAAUCAGGAUAAAGUCAGGAUUACAUCAAGGUAAAAUCAGGACUAAAUCAGGGUAAAGUCCAGAUUAAAUCAACAGAAAGUCAGAAUUAAAUUAGAAGAAAUUCCAAAUUAACUCAGCAUUUUCUGCCCUUUAGCAGUUCAAAGGGUGACCAAUCAAAAUCAUUGGUAGAUUGAUUGAUAACGCCUCAUCAGCUGGAUCUUUUUUGAGAUAUUUGACCAUCUUAAAAUGAGCACUAACUCCAUCCGUGUGGUGCGUCAGGAGCCUCGAAACGAGCGUGCUCAAUGAAACAUUCUGCUGUGGUGACGCCUCUGUCUGUCAGAUUUUAUACUGACAUCUCUGAUCAUACAGGAAGAUUAAUACAUUUAUAUUCAAAGGAUUUAUUAACUUCAGAGGAACAGGAACCAGAAUAAUUUCAAAAUAAAAGCUCACAUUCAGCUUUUGUUUGUUUUGUACUCAGAAAACUAAAAUCUGGUGUCUGUGUUUGAUUUUCAGAAGAGGAGGGAGUUAAUGAGCAGAGUCUCUCGUUUAUUCCUUCUGCUGCAAGUUUUUUAAAUCAAAAAUACAUUUUAGUUUUUUUUACUCUUCAGAAUAAAGUUCUUCUGCAGAGAGCAGCACAUCAUCCAGCUGUGUUUAGUUUCUGUGUCUCUGAGUUCAUGUCGAGGAUCUCUGGAUGUUGCGUCGCCUCCUGUCGUGUUUUUAAUUACUCCCAUUAAUAAAGCAGUGAUGUUUCCAGCUGUGACGAAUCCAGCAGGUCUGUUCGCUGUGGUUCAGAUAAAUCCGUCAUAAAGUCUCAACAACAACAACAGCAACAACAACAACAACAGCAACAACAACGACGUUAGACAGUGGAAUAUAUUUGCACUUGUAUGCACAUGUUGAGUUCAGUGUGUUUCUGAGGUCUGAUUCGCCUCCUCCAACGUUAUUAAUGUUUCUGUUUGUUUUUCUUUUUGAAUCAAACUAUUUAUGGUGUCUUUUCAUGUAUCAUCACUUAAACUGUGAAUUUUAUAUUAAAACAAUGUAAAAAUGACUCAAAAAAACAGCAACACACGUGUGAUGUAAAAUGUUCACUUGGUUCGUUCUUUGAUAGAAAUAAAGUCGACUUUUUCAGACUUUGCUUCCUCUGAUA